UUUUUUUCAUGUUUUCUUUCUUUCCCCUGAACUUUUUUGAAGUAGAAUUGAUGGUUCAUCUUCCUGGUAUCCAGAAGAUGCAGAGGGUAUGAGCAGGCUCCCAGGGGCCGAAAGCAAACACAAGCAGAGUAUGCUGAGAGGUUUUCUCUCUUGCUAGAAUUGAAAUGAUCCCUCCCCAGGGCAAAACUUCUCCCUGGGAGCUACAGGGCAGGAGCAGGCAGGAGUCUCUCCCUGCCAGAAAGGAGCAGCUGUUCAGGGGGCAGAAGCUGCUGCAUGUUGUGCUCUGGGGAUCCCAGCCCCACAUACAACUGUUCGAGCUGUUCCUGAGGGUUUGUUUUGCAUCCCCCAUCCUGUGAUAGCAAGAGGGAAUGCUGCUACAGAGGUGCAGGGACCAGGCAGGAUGGCUGCUUGUUGCCCACCAGGAUGGAGACACCCAUGGAGGCAGGGAAAGAGGAACUGGGUCAGGGAGCUCCAGUGCUGCUCCGAGGAGCUCUGGAUAUACAGAAACAGGCUGGACAUGGAGCAGAAAAGCUGUGCUGGUACCUGGAUUCCAGGGUAUCACUGUGGCCAAGAUUAGGGGCAGUGGGAAAGGCUGGCAGUCAUGCAGGGCUGAAGGUAAACGGAUCAAGCAGCAAUUGGCAGGCUCAGCAAGGAGAGGCUUAGCUCAGCCCAGCACAGAUUUGCUUUCGUUGCUCUGGAGCUGGGACAGAGCUGUGGGUGGAGCACCCUCAGCACAUCACCUUGUGUCACCCCACGGGGUUUCAGCAGCUCCACUGCUGCUCCUCUGCACAUCCCUGCACCCACCUGUGCAUGGGUGAGACAACUGCCUUCCCCACAGCACUGCUGGUGAGUGCCUGGGGUAGCUUUGGUGGCUCCAGGGAUUCUCAAACCUGCUCGAUUUUGGGGUUUUUUUUUGCAGCCCCCUGCACCAAAGCCAGGCUGGCUGCUGGAAGCCUGGGCACUCAGGACAGCUGGGUGCCAGUAAUCCCAUUUGCAGGCAGCACAGGGCUAAUCCUCAUAGAGCGCUGAGCGGAUUGAGCUGGGUUUGGGGGCUCAGUGGCAAGCUGCAGUGGCUGAGGGAGCCCACACAUCGCAGAGGUGGCUUCUCAGGGAGGCAGUGGUGAGCCUGGCAGGGGUAAGUGGCAGUGAUGGAGGUGAGGGAGAAGGCUGGGAUUUUUGCAGGACCGCCUGUGCACAUCACAGGGGGGUUUGGUGAUCCGAAACAGAGUCAGAGGACGAGCUGUGCCGGUCCAUGGGGAGUGAUGCUGCGAGGACUGGGUAAUGUGGAGGUUUGAUCAGCUGCUGGGGGAGAAGGAAAGGCUGUGGUGCUUCCUGCUCCAGAUGAGACCAUGGAUCUGUGCCCUUCUUGCUCUUAGAAAUGAGACUAAAGCCCUUUGCUGGCUGGCAAAAGGAACUGCCACAACAGGUGGUGGCACCGCUGGGUGCCUGCAAUGCAGCAGGAUGCAUAAGACUGCCAACUCUUUCGUGUCAUUGAAGGCAAAUCCUGGUCACUUAUUCCUAUUUCUUUCAGCAGCUAGUUUUGUGGAGACCCGCAAAUGUUUCUGCCCACUUCUUGUGCAGAUUUGGCAGAGGAACAGCCUCUGCCCUCCAAUUUUUUUCUCAGACCAAGGACAGGUGUAUGGUCCAGGCUUUUACAGCUGCACAAGCUCAUGUCAAGGGAGGAGGAACCCUUGGCUGACAAGGGGGACUUGCUGCAGUCUCAGGGGGCUUUCUCCAGGAUUGUUUGGUCUCAGUUGUGUACAUGGACCCUGGCCUUCUUUGGGACCCGUGAGAGUGCGAAAGCAUGGGUGGAAAUGUCUCUGCUGCACGGCACUGGCAGCUUUUCCUUGCUGUUCCCGGGGCAUUCACAGCUCUUUAAUCCCUUAUACCCAGUGAGAGAUACAAGGUAAUUUAAUUGGUUUCUGGUUGUCAGGCCUGUUGGGAGGUGUUUUACAGCCCCUCUGUCCAGCUGUGGGAUGUGGGGGUCUUUGGGAGAGCUGACCCUGCCCAUGGUGUGCUGGGGGCUGGAAAUGCUGUGUGGAGCGAUGCUGUGGCUGCAUCCAAACCUGGCUCCUGGCCUUGCUGAGGUGCAGGCAAGCGAAGGGCUGAGGACACACAUCAUCCUUCCUGCAAACCCCAGGCCAGAUUUAAGGAGCCAGGCUUUGGAGAGCCCCCAGUGAGCCAUCACAAGGGAACUGAAGAUGUCCUGCAUGCCUGAAAGCUGCAUGAGGGGUUAAUUCAAAGAGCCCAGUGCUGAGCAGCUUCCAGCCUCUACCUGCUGCAUGUGGGACUGGGAUCAUAUGUGUAACUGGGAUUGAAACUCCAGUGCAGUCUCCUGGCUGGGCUGGAAGGAGCUCAGGGAUCUGCUUUCUUUUGCCCUUCACAGGUAUCACCUGGGGGCUGUCUGAGGUGCUCCUGAGCCCUUCAUUGAGCAGAGUGGGGAAUCUUUAGAGGGGCGUUUUGGGCAGAGCGCAGCCCUUCAGAGAGGCAACAGCAAGUGAUACCCCAGUUUGAGCUGGAUGAGAGCCUUGUUCAGUUCAGCUCUUGUUCAGUACCUAAGAAUGGGAAUGUGCAGCAUCACUUGGCAUGCUGGUGCUGUAUCCCAGCCUGGACCUGCUUCACAGAGGGAAGGAAGGGACCCAAAAAGACCAAGCAGACAGAGCUUGGACAGCUGAAUCCCUGCUCUACAACAUCUUACUUUUACCUAUCUUAUCAACAUAGCAGCCAGUGCUGGAUGCCUUUGCUGCCCUUGCCAGAGCCCCCAGCAGGUACCUGCCCCAGCAGCCACCAUGUCCCUGGGAUGUGGCUGAAAGGUGGUGGAGCAGAGUUGUUUCAGGAGCAGAAAGAGGGGAUAUGUUUUUAAUGAACUUCCUCAUUAAAAAAUUCUGUUCAAAUUACUGUUCAGCUUCCCUCCAAUGAAAAAUGAUGGGGAGAGUAGAGGACCCUGAGCAGAGCAUCACAACUUCUGUGAUCUAUCUGCAAUGGCCUCCUAGUCAGGACAGGCUGUGAAAAUAAAACAUCUAACUGAGGAGCUACCUUUAGGAAAAGCAAGUUUAACUGAGAUGGUGAGAAUAAAAUAGAGUGAGUAGUUUGCUCACAGUAGUGGUGAGGGAUGAGGAGCUGAGCUGGGUUUGCUCUGGCUGUGCUGCAGUGCCGUGUUUCCCAAGCAGGACGUGGAAACAGAAGGACACCAAGGACCUUUUUGGGCUGCUCAGGAGACAGUGUGAACAGCUGGUGCAGCUGCUAUUCCCUGGGCAGCGUGCAUCCCUGCUGCUGGGCUCUUGCCAGCUGGAGACCCCUCAGCACUGCCCGCAGCCAGUGGGAUGAUGGGCUGGAUUGACCGGGUGGUGCCCCAGCCCCCGGUGCCCCACGUGGCAGAGGAGACCCCUGUGCAGGAGCUGGAGCCAGCUAAGGCACCAACAGGAAAGGCCAGUGGUCCCACAGAUGUUGCUGACCGGGCACGCACUGAGGAAACGGAAAAGAAAGUGACCUUUGUGGUCUCUGAGGACUCGAGUUCUGUGUUCGACAGUGUGGGGAGUAGUGUGCUCUCCUGGCUCUCCUAUGGGCUGGAGAAGGUGAUUCCCCAGCCAGCCCCAGCCCCAGGGCUGCAGGCACUCGGGAAGAGCUUUGAGACAAGCAUCGACAUUGCUGAUGAGACAGAGGUCCAGGUCCUUGGGGAUGAGGACGACGAUGGUCUGGAGAUAACUCCCUUCGAUCCCGAGGAGGACGUCUCCGAGGGCGAAGCGGAGCCCGGCCCGCAGGAGUGGGCAGGAAACCGGGUGCUCAGCUGGCUGUCACAGGGCUUCGAGAGGAUUUUGCCGCAGCCAGAGGGGAUGAAAAAGCUGGAGACAGAGCAGAAGGAGAAGAGCGAAGGAGCAGUGGAAGACACUAAAGGGACUAAAACCCAGGAGAAAUCCAAAUGCAGCGCUCCAGCCGAGGAGAAGGCAGCAGCAGCCAAGGGGCAGCCGCAGCCCGUGGCCACCCCCAGCCCUCGGCCCACGGCUGUGGAUGGCGGCAGGAUGUUCAGCUGGUUUGUCCAGGGGCUGGAGAAGGUGAUGCCGCAGCCGGUGACCAGGGAGAAGCAGGACACGCAGGGAGUGGCCACAGCAACCUCAAGUCCUGUGGAACAAAUUCAUGUAGCCCCUGGGGAACAGGAGGAAACUCAUCCCGUCCUGAAAGAGAUUGAUGAUGGCCAGAUUAACGAAGAGGUGGCGGCCCGGGCUCACGGGGCUGAGCUGGAGGCAGAAGCUCAUUCCCUCCCCACCAUACAGGAGGAACCUCAGGAAGAGGAAAACAGACUGUGCUUGGGCUCCCCAAAUGUGACCAAGGGGGAAGAGGAAAAGGAGGAGGAGGAGAAAAAAGAGGAGGAGGAAGAGAGGAAGAAAGAGGAGGAAGACAAGAGGAAGAAAGAGGAAGAGGAGAUGAAACCCCUGCUGCAGCCGCCUUGUCUCCCUGCUGAUAAGGCUGUGGAUGAAGCCUGUCUUGCUGAGGAGGCCCUCAGGGUUGAGCAGCUGGAAGAAGUUGAGAUAAGUAAUCUCCAAGGUGCUCUUGUGCAGCAGGCUCCUAGCAGCAUGGCCAGGCGGGCCCGGGACGUCGAGCUAGACCGGCUGGUGCAUGGCCAGGCUGUGGCUGGCAGGGACCGCUCCUCUCCCGGCCGUGGGGCUCUAGAGCAGCUCCCCAAUGUCCCCAGCUACCGAGCCAGCGCCGCCGCCCGCACCCCCGGCCCUGCCGCCAGCAAGCCAAAGGCUGGAGUUGUCAACCCCAAUUUUUGCACUGAGGAGCAAUCCCCACUAGGAAAUUACCCCACCGUGGAGAUCAAGGAUGUGGACAGCCCAGGCCAUGCUGUGGAGAUCCAUGGUACCCAUGGACCGGUGCCUGCUGCCGGCGCUCCCAACCUGCUGGCGGUGCCCGGUGCAGCAUCCCCCAGGAGGAAGCAACUGCUCCCAGAGGAUGGUCUGGACGAGGGGCUGGUGAGCCAAUCCCCCAGGCCAGUGCUGGGCUGGGAUGAGGAGCAGAGGGAAAGCCUGCCCCAGCGCAUCGGCUCGGCCACGAGCCUGAGCAGCGCCGUCAUCAACACUCGGCUGCAGGAGCUGGUGAGGCUCUUCAAAGAGAGGACAGAGAAGGUGAAGGAGAAGCUGAUUGACCCCGAUGUCACCUCGGACGACGAGAGCCCUGUGGCAUCUCCCACCAAGCCAGCACCUGCAGCAGCACCGGUGCCUGCCCCAGGAGGAGAGCUGGAGGGGGACAAACCCUCGGGGGAUGACCACUACUGUGAGAUGCUGUGCUGCACAUUCAAGCACCGGCCCUGGCUGGACCACCUGAAGAGCUACCAGUUCCCCAGCAGCAUUGACCCCCUGACCAAUCUGAUGUACGUGCUGUGGCUGUUCUUCGUUGUCAUGGCCUGGAACUGGAACUGCUGGUUGAUCCCUGUCCGCUGGGCUUUCCCCUACCAGACUCCAGCAAACAUCCACUACUGGCUGCUGGUGGACUACCUCUGUGACCUCAUUUAUCUGCUGGACAUCCUCAUCUUUCAGACCCGGCUGCAGUUCGUGCAGGGGGGAGACAUCAUCACUGACAAAAAGGCCAUGAAAGAGAACUACCUGCGAUCACAACGCUUCAAGAUGGACGUGCUGUGCCUCCUGCCCCUGGAUUUCCUCUACUUCAAAGUGGGUGUCAACCCCCUGCUGCGCUUCCCUCGCUGUCUGAAGUACAUGGCCUUCUUUGAGUUCAACAACCGCCUGGAGGCCAUCCUGACCAAGGCUUACAUCUACAGGGUGAUUCGGACCACUGCCUACUUACUGUACAGCCUGCACGUGAACUCCUGCCUCUACUACUGGGCCUCAGCCUAUGAAGGACUGGGUUCCACCACCUGGGUCUAUGAUGGGGAAGGAAACAGCUACAUCCGCUGUUACUACUGGGCAGUGAAAACCCUCAUCACCAUCGGGGGCCUGCCAGACCCCAAGACGCUGUUUGAGAUCGUCUUCCAGCUGCUGAACUACUUCACAGGAGUCUUUGCUUUCUCCGUCAUGAUAGGGCAGAUGAGAGACGUGGUUGGUGCUGCGACUGCAGGGCAAACUUACUAUAGGAGCUGCAUGGACAGCACCAUUAAAUACAUGAACUUCUACAAGAUCCCCAGAACUGUUCAGAACCGGGUGAAGACGUGGUACGAGUACACGUGGCACUCCCAAGGCAUGCUAGAUGAGUCAGAGCUGCUGGUGCAGCUGCCAGACAAGAUGAGGCUGGACAUCGCUAUCGAUGUGAACUACAACAUCGUGAGCAAAGUGGCCCUUUUCCAGGGCUGUGACAGACAGAUGAUCUUUGACAUGCUGAAGCGGCUCAGAUCAGUGGUCUACCUGCCCAAUGACUACGUGUGCAAGAAGGGAGAAAUAGGCCGUGAGAUGUACAUCAUCCAGGCGGGACAAGUGCAGGUGCUGGGGGGACCCGACGGCAAAUCCGUGCUGGUGACUCUGAAAGCUGGAUCUGUCUUUGGGGAAAUCAGCUUGCUGGCAGCAGGAGGGGGAAAUCGCCGGACAGCAAACGUCGUGGCCCACGGCUUUGCCAACCUUUUUAUUUUGGAGAAGAAGGACUUGAACGAGAUUUUGGUGCAUUACCCGGAGUCUCAGAAGCUGCUGCGCAAGAAGGCCAAGAAAAUGCUGAAAAGCAACAACAAACCCAAAGAUGAGAAAGGAGGCCCCGGAGAUGCGCUGAUCAUCCCCCCGAAAGCUGAGACCCCAAAGCUGUUCAAGGCUGCCCUGGCUGCCACGGGGAGGAUGGGGGGCAAAGGGCCCCUGGGGCGGCUCCGCUGGAGGCUGAAGGAGCUGAAGGCGAUGCAGGAGACACAGGUUUCCGUUGUCAGCCCAACCCCACCAAAAUCACCAGUGCACCAGAGAUCACCUGCCAUGUCCCACAGAGCACAAACCUGCCCAGGAGAAGAAAUAUCCUCAGAAUCUUAUGAUCAUUCAGUCACCAUUCGUGUGAUUUCCACAGCAAAAGAAGAAGAGGAAAUCCUUGCUGCUGAGAUUUCAGAGAAAGAUGAAAAAAAAGAAGAGAAAUGAAACAGCAGCAGGUCCCAGGGCAGAUGUAGGAGUCAGGCAAAUGCCUGGGCUAGCAGAUUUUUGUUGUUAAUGAUUUCCAUGCAGUGGCUGUAGGUUUUGCUAUGCGCUGUGGGUAGGAUCUGCCUUUCUCUUCUGCCCAAACCCUCAAUCACUGCUGAUAAAAGCCUCUGCCAUCUGACCCAGAAUCAUACAAGGUCUGCAGAUCUAUUGAGCACCUUUAUGAAUUUCCCACUAAAUCUCAGGUCAGCCCCCUUGCUUUGAAAUCCAGCCUUGGGGAGGGAGAGCUAUGGAAAAACUGCUUUUUAUGGCUCUGGAUGGUUAAUGAGUGCUCAGACAAAGCAUGAAGAGUUAUUCACCUCUGACAGCUGAGUCACUGCUUGGCUAGAAACAACCAAGGGAAAAAAAACAACAAGGUUUCUCUGUUGAGCUCAAGGUUGACAGCAGCAGUGGGGAGUGAUUCAUCUGAAAAGGACGUGGGCUAUGCUCACAGGCCAAGCAUGGAGCAAAUUAAACUGUCCUGAGAAUGCCAAGCUCUGUCCCCAAGUGCCCAGACUGCAAGAUGCUUGAGGGUCCCUGCGUAGUGCCAAGACAACCUUGGCUUUGCCACUGGGAAGAAUUCCUGCCAGCUGUCCACCCUGGGAAGGUGGUGGACUCUCCAUUACUGGGGGUUCUUAUGGACAGGUUUGAUGAGCAUCUUUCAAGGACAGAGAAGCACAAUCCUGGAUGAGAUGUUCCUGGAGGUCUUUUCCAGCCUUGGGAUUUUUCUGUGCUGCCACAGCUGGGAGGGAUAGAGCAGGAAGGGAGAAGCUGAGAUGGUUCCCAGCUGGGAGGGGAAAGAGAAGUGCAGUAAGUGCUCUCCUCUCCCAGACAGUGUUUCAGAGUCAGCUCAGAGCCUGUAACGUGCCAACAAGCAUGCACAAGCAUGCAGGUGCUCCCCUGCACUCAUUGCUGGAUGUCCACAUUUCCAGCAGGCAAUUUCCAGCCUUUCAGUCACCUCAGACUGGCUCUUGGCCACAUUUUCCAUGGAGAGAGAAGCCACUCUGGUGCUGCUCAUCACUGGAGACAUGAAGUCACUCUCCCAGCCAGGUGCUGGAGGGGAAGGGAAACAUCUGGUCAGCAGCCAGCACCCAGCUGCUGGCUCAAGGUGUCCCAUCUUCUUCCAGCACACCAGGUCCUUCCUCAUCUUCCUCAAAGCCAGCACUAAGCAGAGCAAGCUGCUGGUGAGCUGAGAGGUGAUGAGCAGUGCAUGAGGCAGUGCUGGAUGAGGUUCUGCAGCUCCUCCCCAAGUUUUGGGCUGUCCCUGUCCCCACAGCACCACUGGCUCCAUCGAGAGGAGCCACUCUCCAUCCUCUGGAGGAAAAGGGCAGAUUUUGCUGCAGGGCCCUGUCACCAUAGCCAAGGGGCUUCUCAGGUGUUCAGCAAAUGCUGUGAGCAGUGCUGCAGGUUCCACAGGUCUGGCUGUGACACAGCCAGGCUCUUGGUGAAGGGUGGCAGCGCUGGCGUCACCCCCUGGGUGAUCCCUCUUCCCAUCAGCAGCCUGGGGCUGACCUUCACCUCCUUUGGGAUCUUCUUUUCUUGCUUUUUUGCCCCCUUCUCUUGCAAAAUGUAUGGGUUUCUGGGGAAAAAAAGGAAAAAGGAAAAAAAAAAGCCAAAAUAGAUGUUUGCAUUAGUUAACCAUGUCUUGCUUUCUUUUAAACAAAUUUAAUGAGCUCCACUAUACUGCAGGAGGGUCUGGAGCCAUCACAUUGCAGGGGAGAGCCUGAACUCACACAAACCUCCCUGAAUAUUUCUCAUCCUCAGUCAUUUGCAGGUGGUUUCCUGCCAGGUAGAAGAUUUUGGUGGGGAGUGCAAAGUUGAGGGUUUUUUGCAUUCUUUAAAUAUUUAUAUAAUCAAACCAGGAAACAUGCAAACAUCAAAUUGAGGCUUUGAUUUGCUGCUAUGAUUUAAUAUUCUUUAGAAAAAGCAUUUAAAUAAAUAGUGGCCUAUAAUUGCUCUCAUAAUUCACUGUAUCUACAAUAAACACCAUGUAGAUUGCCAUUCA